GAAGAAAGGGACAAGGAAAGAGAGAGGGACAGAGAGAAAGAGAGAGGGACAAGGAAAGAGAGAGGGACAGAGAGAAAGAGAGGGAAAAAACAGGAAAAUAGACUUCUCUGAGACAUCUGCGGGAUUACUCUAAUAGUGUGUUUGGGUGUGUGUGUGUGUGAGUCUGUAUGUGACUUUUCCUGGACAUGGAUACCCCACUGACCACCCCACUCCUCCUCACCCUCCUCCUCCACUCCCUCUCCCUCAUUCAUGGGGCCAUGGACUCCUGCUACGAUGACAAGGAGGGUGUCCCAAGCCGCUGCAUGCCCAAGUUUGAGAACGCAGCCUUCAACCGCACGGUCAUGGCCUCUAACGUGUGCGGUUCGCCCCCGGAGGACUACUGCAUGCAGACGGGCUCGACGCGGUCCUGCCACCACUGUAGAGUGUCGGACCCGGGCCUCAGCCACAAUGCCAGCCUGCUGACGGACUUCCACACGGAUGAGGAACCCACCUGGUGGCAGAGCCAGUCCAUGUUCUACGGAGUCCAGCACCCUAACUCUGUAAACCUCACCCUGCACCUCAGCAAAGCCUUUGAGAUCACCUACGUGAGCCUCAAGUUCUACACCAGUCGACCGGAGAGCUUUGCCAUCUACAAGCGAACAAGUGAGGAUGGACCAUGGAUCCCCUACCAGUACUACAGCGCCUCCUGUACCAAGACCUAUGGGAAGAACGACAAGGGAUACAUUCGCCCAGGGGACGAUGAGAGGAUGGCAGUCUGCAACGACGAGUUCAGUGACAUCUCCCCUCUGACCGGGGGCAAUGUGGCCUUCUCUACCCUGGAGGGACGACCCAGCGCAUACAACUUUGACCAGAGCGCCGUGCUACAGGAGUGGGUGACAGCCACUGACCUGCUCAUCUUUCUGGACAGGCUCAACACAUUCGGAGAUGAGUUCUUCAAGUACGCCAAGGUGCUGCGAUCCUACUUCUACGCCAUCUCCGAUUUCUCCGUAGGCGCCAGGUGUAAGUGUAAUGGCCAUGGCAGUGAAUGUGUGUUGGACGAGCAGGGGGCUCUGGUGUGUGACUGCCAGCAUCACACUGUCGGGGUGGACUGCCAGAGGUGUCACCCAUUUUACCAGGACAGGCCUUGGGCCAGGGCCACCGGAGACUCUGCCAACCAUUGUAUGAAGUGUAACUGCAGUGGGCAUGCGGAUGUGUGUGUCUUCGAUGUGGAGCAGUACCGCAGCACAGCAAGUGGGGGGCGCUGUGUAGACUGUAGGGACCAGACUGAUGGACCGCAUUGUGAACGCUGUAGAGAGAACCACUACCGACGGUCAUCACAGGACCCCUGCAGCCCCUGUGACUGUAACACCAUGGGUUCUGUGAGUCUGCAGUGUGGUGUGGAGGGGAAGUGUGAGUGCAGACCCAGUGUGUCAGGGGUGAAGUGUGACACCUGUCAACCCGGUUUCCACUCCCUCAGCCCUGGCGGCUGCAGGUUGUGUGACUGUGACCGUAGGGGCAGUGUGGGCGUCUGCUCUGUGCUGGAUGGUGGCUGUCACUGCAGGGUUAACGUGGAGGGACAGGCGUGUGACAGGUGUAAGCCAGGCUCCUUCAACCUGCAAGAGAACAAUCCAUCUGGAUGUACGCCCUGUUUCUGCUUCAGACACUCAUUGGCCUGCAGAUCGUCCAAUCACCAUGCAGCUGUCAACAUCACAUCGGACUUUCUUGAAGACACAGAUGGCUGGUCAGGACAGUUUUCCGGGGGACAGGAGUAUCCUCUGCUGUGGAAGGAAGGGGAUGUCUACUUGCUACCACUCAGUGAGGAUGAUCUCGGCUUCUACAGAGCUCCAGAGAGGUUCCUGGGGAACCAUCUCCUGAGCUACGGCCAGCUCCUUUCCCUGACCUUCACGGCCGAGGCCCAGUACCUCCUCCCUAUCAGUGCCACAGUGCUCCUGGAAGGAUCGGGAACCACCCUGUCAGCUGACCUUUCACCCCAACAUGGACCUGUCCACCAGCCGGGCCUCGCUCCCCAGCACACCUUCACUCUCAGACUUCACAAGGAGGAGACGAGGCUGAGGCCUUCUUUGUCUGCCUUCCAGUUCCACCAUCUUCUCUUCAACCUCACUGCUAUACAGAUCAGCAACGCAGGAGGACACAACUACACGUCCCAACUCUCAGGGGUAACCAUGGCUUCCGCUGCCCCCUUCUCCAGUCCUGUUAUCCCCUCUACCCCUCCUGCACUCUGGGUAGAGGUGUGUACAUGCCCUCCUGGAUUUGGGGGUCAGUUCUGUGAGCUCUGUGCCCCAGGAUUCAGCAGAGAGGUCCCUAACGGAGGACCCCUGUCUCCCUGUGUGCCUUGCACCUGCCACCAGCAUGGACCAUGCCACCCUGAGACAGAGUGA